AACCCUCUGGACAACAAGCAAUUGCAGUCUUCGAACGCUUGUUUUCUUGGAUAACACGUAACGUCUGUCGGUACUCUCCUUCUAUCUCUCCUGGUUCUUCGGUUAUACGAGAUAUCGGCACGCAUAUAUCUCAGCGAGUUCAGUCUAUAACAUUCAAUCGCAAUGUCAAAGGCAGCAUUCCUCCGCGAAUACAAGUUGGUGGUGGUCGGUGGUGGAGGUGUCGGUAAAUCCGCCCUGACAAUUCAGUUAAUUCAGAGUCAUUUCGUGGAUGAGUAUGAUCCUACGAUCGAAGAUUCCUACCGCAAACAAUGUCUCAUCGACGACGAAGUCGCCCUCCUCGACGUCCUCGACACAGCCGGCCAAGAAGAAUACUCCGCCAUGCGCGAACAAUACAUGCGUACCGGCGAAGGCUUUCUCCUCGUCUACUCCAUCACCUCCCGCUCCUCUUUCGAAGAAAUCCAAACUUUCCAGCAACAGAUUCUGAGGGUAAAGGAUAAGGAUUAUUUCCCGGUAAUUGUGGUGGGGAACAAAUGUGAUUUGGAGGCGGAGAGGCAGGUGUCGCAGGCUGAGGGCAAGGAGCUCGCACGUCAGUUCAACUGCCGUUUCAUUGAGACGUCGGCAAAACAACGCAUCAACGUCGACGAAGCGUUCUAUAACCUCGUGCGCGAGAUCAGGCGGUACAACAAGGAUCAGAGUGGUGCGAAGAACGGGGUUGCGAGUGGUGGAAGGAUGGAUAUGGAUGAGGGAAGAAGUGCGGGUUCGGCGGGGUGUUGUGGGGGGUGUAUCAUUCUCUGAGCUGUGUGAGAAAGGUUUGGGAUUGGCGGUGCUAUGCGGCAUGUUGCGAGUGACGUGCGAGUAAGUUAUGGAAGGCAGGGUGGGGAAGUGCGAUAUGUAUGGGAUAAAUCGCGAGCUGAGUUGUCAAAAGGGGUUGGCUACAGACACGUUGGCCUCUACAGCUAUCUUUUUCUUUUUUUACAUAUGUUGUCGUUGUUCGCGAUCGUUUAUGUUGGGUCUUUCCGAUUAU